CACCGUGCCCAAAGACUGCAAGUGACCUGGACCACCUGCCCCCUAAAUGCGGUGCGGGGAGCUCUCAGAAAGCCCCGGCGGAUUCCCUCCCGUCCCGUGAAGUUUUCAUUCUCCAAGCGGCGCAGGAACAGCGUUUCUAAAACUGCUUGGACAGCGGAUUCUUUGGCCCUCCUGGGUUCCAUCUCAGAGUCACUGUGAGAGCGUGUUCCUGUAAGAAGAGUGAGUGAAUUACACCACUUCGGCGGAAGAGCCAGGGAGCAGAUGCCGCAGAUGUGGCCCCCUUCCCUUUCCAGACUCCGUAGCACCUGGACCUUCACUCCCCUCCAGCCCUCGGAGAGUUUGGGGGAAGCCCCUGCGGGUGGGAUGGGCUUGAGGGCCGGGAUGGAGCCUGACUCCCGGCAUUGGGAGGGCAGUGGGCAGCGCUGGGGAAUAACGCCCCGGACCUGGAGCCCCGGCGGCACAGCCCCAGACUUCUUGGAAAGCCCAACAGUCUAGACGUGCUGGGUUUAGAUUCUCCCCUCUCCGAGAGUUCUCAGGAAGUUUGGGGGAGGGGCGAGCCGCUGUCUCCCCUUCGGGCGCGGGAGGCUGAGCCGGGACUGCGGCAGCGGCGGGUCUCCAGCUGUCACGUCCCCGCCCACGGGCGGGCUCCGGGGCUCCCGAGAGGGGCGGCCGGGCGCGGGCGGGGGGCGGCGGCGGGCAGAGCGCGCGGGCCGGCAUGGAGGGACUGGUCCUGCUCAACGCCCUGGCCACCCGGCUGCUGUUCCUGCUGCACUCUCUGGUUGGGGUCUGGCGAGUGACCGAGGUGAAGAAGGAGCCGCUGUACUGGCUGCUCGCGCUGCUCAACCUCUUGCUCUUUCUGGAGACUGGGCUCACCCUCAAGUUCAAGCGCGGCAGAGGCUACAAAUGGUUUUCACCAGCCAUAUUUAUAUAUCUGAUUAGCAUUGUUCCAUCAUUAUGGCUUCUUGAAAUGCACCAUGAGACCCAGCAUUGCAGUAGCCAAUCUGAAGGGAUGUCACAAAAUACCAGCAGCAAAGAAAACUUCAAUCAAACUUUGAUGUCAAGUGAACAAGCCAAUGGAGCAGAUGAUCUCAUUAAGACGGCCAAAGUUUUUGUAAAUAACUUAUCUACAGUAUGUGAAAAAGUUUGGACUUUGGGACUCCAUCAGACAUUCUUGCUAAUGCUCAUAAUUGGAAGAUGGCUUCUACCCAUUGGAGGCGGGAUCACUAGGGACCAGCUCUCUCAACUUCUCCUUAUGUUUGUGGGAACAGCUGCUGACAUACUGGAAUUCACAAGUGAGACCCUGGAGGAACAAAAUGUGAGGAAUAGCCCUGCCCUAGUCUAUGCCAUCCUUGUUAUAUGGACCUGGAGCAUGCUGCAGUUUCCACUUGACCUGGCAGUACAGCAUGUCGUCUGCCCCUUGUCUGUGGCAAUGAGGGGGUUCCCCAGUCUGUUUUUUUGCCAGUACAGUGCCGAUCUGUGGAACAUUGGAAUCAGCAUCUUCAUACAAGAUGGUCCCUUCCUUGUCGUGCGUCUCAUAUUGAUGACCUAUUUCAAAGUGAUAAACCAGAUGCUGGUGUUCUUUGCCGCAAAGAAUUUCCUUGUGGUGGUGUUGCAACUCUAUCGCUUGGUGGUGCUGGGGCUGGAUGUCCGUGCUUCCUUGCGAAAUCGGCCAGGAAGACUGAAAGCAGAGCACAGCUGCCCAUGUGAGCCAGCUGUGAGUGGGAUCUCACCUGGAGAUUGGGCGAGUGGCUCUAAUGGGGGCUUGGGUACUCCCUUGCAGGCCUUGCCUGUCACCCCUGAGCACUCUCACCCCACACCGUAGUUCCUUACUGACAGCAGCAUGCAGCUAGAACGUUCAACUUUCUGGUUCCUCUUACAGACAGAAUCUACCCCCCCCCUUCUUUUUUAACUUUGGCAUGUAAUAAUUUUCAAAGGAACAACAUAAAAAGCGAUCUUAAGCCAAAGCCGAGGAAUUUUCUUUUUUCGACUGAAUGGAAAGAACUUUGAUUAGUGGCUAUCGCUACAACUUCUGUGUGAUGGUAUCAGAUGUUAUAGUUGUUCAACGACUAAGUGAUUUGUUUGUCUUGAACUGUUUGAAAAGCUAUGGACAGGGUUACAGUGACAUGCCCUCAAAAAGAUUUAGUGCAGACAAACUGUCACGGCUGUUACCUGAAAAUAGAGAAGCUUUGAACUUUGGCUCCAUUGUCAGACUAUCUCAUCUGAUCUUUUCUGCAAUGUCCCUGACAUCAAAAAAUGUACAUUCAGUGAAUGCAGAACAAAUGAAGGGAAAAGUGCUUUUAAAAUUACCUCACUGUGAGCUGGAAGCAGUGAAAAUCUCUGCCCAGCUUCCAUGGCAUUGAGAGCCCUCUUCAUCGCUGCACAGACCUUCCCAGGAAAAUCAUUUUUCUGGGCUGAUGUGGUAUUCUGUCAUGGCGCAUAUGCUCUUACAGAAAUUUUAUUGCUUUUGGCUUGGGCACCGCGAAAUUCACAGCAAGCCAUUUCGGUUGUGAGGCAGGAAAUACUGGUAAUGCUAGCAAAGUCACAAUUUCCACCCUGAAACAUGAUUUGUGGUGUUCAUCAGUAUUUUUCUUAACUCUACUUUACUGUUUUCUCCAUUGCCAAGUCGAAUUGUGUGGGUUGAAGCAAGGAAGCACUGAAGCAGUGAAUAAAGGUGUUUCAGUCCCUUUAAGUGUUA